GAAGGGAGAGGCCCGGGAAGGUAUGGGAGAAAUGUUUUAAACUAAAUUUUUGGAGAUCUAAUCAAGAUGUGGUCCUUGAAAUUUUGGAUCCGGUUAACUAAGUAGCUUGGAGUAUUAUUUCAAGUACUUUUAAAGGUCAAACAUGAUAUAAAUAUUCACCAAGCCUUGCUUCCCCAAAGAAACAAAUAGUUUCUUUAUCAAUGCCUUUACUAUUUAAAGGAACAUGUUCUUUAUAACAACGUGAACCAUACCCAAUAUAGAUCAUAUUGAUAAUUGUUAUUCCAAUUCUUUCUAAUUGUCAAAUGAUGGGGUACUUUGAAAUCCUUGUACUCUUGUUUUCCUUUGUUCUCCUUUGUUACCUCCUUCUUCUUCACGACAAAACUGGCCUCCCUAAUUGGCCUCUUCUUGGAAUGUUACCUGCCCUUCUCAAAAACAUACACAGAAUUCACAACUUUCUUAUUGAAAUUUUUGAGAAAUCUCAUUUGACCUUUCUUUUUGAUGGUCCAUGGUUCACCAACAUGCAAAUUCUACUAACCAUUGAUCCUGCCAAUAUUCACCAUGUGAUGAGCAAGAACUUUGGAAAUUAUCCCAAAGGAACCAAAUUUAAUGAAAUGUUUGAUGUUCUUGGAGAUGGGAUCUUCAAUGCAGACUUUUUGGUGUGGCAAUACCAUCGCAAAAUGGCUCAAUAUUUCCUUGGUCACCCAAAGUUCCAUCAUUUUUUGGUUAAGAGAACUAGAGAAAAGCUUGAAAAUGGACUUAUCCCAGUCCUUGACCAUGUCUCUCUACAUGGUAUCGAAGUCGACUUGCAAGAUUUGUUUGCAAGAUUCACGUUUGAUGUUGGAUGUACUAUCAUGAUGGACCAUGAUCCCAAAUCCCUCGUCGUCGAUCUGCCUACAAAUGCAUCCUCCAAGGCCUUGGAUGAUGUUGAAGAGGCAAUCUUCCAUCGCCAUGUUGUGCCAACCUUUGUUUGGAAACUGCAAAGGUGGUUAAAUGUUGGAAAAGAGUACAAGUACAGAAAAGCUUGGGAAACCCUUGAUAGUUUCAUCUACCAGUGCAUAGCCGAGAAGAGAAAAGAAGUUAGUAGUAAGGUACAACAACCAUCAGAAGAAAAUGAGGUUUGUACUGAUCUAUUAACAUUAUAUAUUAAAGAAGAUGAAAGCGAUAAAUAUCCAACUAUAUUAAGUAAUAAUCAACGAGAUAAGUUUAUAAGGGAUACAGUUUUGACAAAUUUCAUAGCAGGACGAGACGCAAUUAGUAUAACACUUUCUUGGUUCUUUUACCUCCUUUCAGUAAAUCCACUAGUUGCUUCUAGGAUUAAAAAGGAACUAGAUAGUGUAAUGAUAGAUUGGAGAAACUUCAAAGAGGCGAAUAGUAAACUAGUUUAUCUUCAUGGUGCACUGUGUGAAACUUUAAGAUUAUAUGCUCCGGUCGCAUUCGAGGCCAAGGCCCCUAUGGAGCCAGAUAUACUCCCAAGUGGUCACCGAGUGAAUCCGAACAUGCAAAUUAUAUUCAAUUUGUACGCGAUGGGAAGGAUGAAAUCUAUAUGGGGAGAUGAUUGUAAUGAGUUCAAGCCAGAGAGAUGGAUUUCAGCACAAGGAAAUAUUAGGCAUGAGCCAUCGUACAUUUUUGUGUUUAACGCAGGACCAAGGACUUGUCUAGGAAAAGAAAUGGCGUUUACCCAAAUGAAGGUUGUUGCUGCGACCAUGAUCCAAAAGUAUGUUAUAGAAGUGGUAGACGAGCGUCAAGUUAUUCCUAAUAUGUCUAUAUUCCUUCGCAUGAAGCAUGGAUUUAAGGUUAGGAUACUUCGUUCGUAGUGAUAUAGUGUCUCAUUAGUUAAGGUACUCAACGAGACGGGGUAGUACUUUUAAUGGAUGUUUAUCUAGUAUUGGAGUCAUUCUAUUUGUAAUGUAUUUUUCUUUUUUGACGACAGAAAGAAAAGAAAAAAAAGCCAACAUCAAAUCAUCAUAGCUUGUCAAAA